CGAGCCUGUGUGCGGCGGCGGGCGGCAACCCACACACCAUCGCCGAACCUUCUCAGCACGAAGCUCACCGGGAAGCCGACCAAGCUCACGGCCAGCGCCUCCUCAACCCAAUCCAUGCAGCAGCUGAGCACCGGCGAUUUAGGGGGCCUUAUAAAUACGAAGCGUUCUCGCCGGCGUCAAACUCAGUCAUGGCGAUAGUCGGAGCGGCACCAGUGCUCUACCAGCAGCAGGCGCAGGCGGUGGGCGACGGGUGCUACUUCUCUUUCAUGUCCUCCUACUUCUCCCACGGGGGAGCCAGCUCCAACGCUUCCAGCACCGCGUCCAGCUUCUCCGCCACGCUCGGCGCCACGCCGUCCGCUGCACCGGCCAUCGCCGCCGACCCCGCGAUGCAGUUCGACAUCUCCGAGUUCCUCUUGGACGAGAGCGGCUUCGCCGCGCCGUUGCCGGACGGCGGCGCCGCCGGUGCAACCGCGGCGAUGUCGGCGACCGCUCACACUAGGAGCGCGGCCGAGGUAGAGCGCCCGCGGACGGAGCGCAUCGCCUUCCGGACGAGGUCGGAGAUCGAGAUCCUCGACGACGGCUACAAGUGGCGCAAGUACGGCAAGAAGUCCGUCAAGAACAGCCCAAACCCAAGGAACUACUACCGGUGCUCGACGGAAGGGUGCGACGUGAAGAAGCGGGUGGAGCGCGACCGGGACGAUCCGGCGUACGUGGUGACCACGUACGAGGGCACGCACAGCCACGCCAGUCCCAGCACCAUCUACUACGCCAGUCAGGACGCCGCCUCCGGCCGCUUCUUCGUCGCCGGCACGCACCCGCCACCAGGCUCACUCAAUUAGCUCGUGCUUCGCAAACCCCGCCUCAAUGGUGUACGCCGCUCCAAGCUGGAGGGCUACUGGGCAGGAGUUUGGCCACGACGCCGUGACAGUCUUACAUAGUCCUUGAGGCGCCCGCUGUCCGCGGUCAGCACAUACAUAUUCUCCUGCAUGCGCUGCCCGGACGGUCGACGUCGUUCAUCUGAGCUGAAAAAGGCGGACUGGAAUAUGAUUGAGCGAGCAAAUGGCCCUCGUUGUGGAAGAAGAUGCUCAGUGUAGUCCACAACGUAAAAGAUGCAUGCCAAUUAGGUAGAUGGACUUCGAAACGUUAAGGAUUGAGAUAAGAAAAUGAUCUUCCAUGAGGAAGAAGAUCAGAUGCUCCACUGUACUCAACAAUGUAAAAAAGAAAAAAGAUGUCAGCCAGAUGGACUAUAAAAUGGAACAUGAUUCAUCAUGCAAAGUGAUCUUUCAUAGGGAAGAAGAUGCCUGUCAGUAAACAUCCGUCUCUAAUAAGCCAUGCGCAUUAUGACUAUUUUGUUUUGCACAAGUUUUUUUGUCAGUUGUAAGA